CGCUUUUUUCGAGUGUCUCCUUCAUCAGCGAAGAUCGUGUCAAACCAAAUGUGUUGUUUUGGCCGUCGCUAACAAUUCGAUAAAUCAAUCUACUAUUUUAAAACAGCUACUAGCUAGCUAGCUAGAGAGCCCAAAAUCCCAAAUCAGAAGUUGUCCAUUUGAGAGACAAUCAACGAAAAUGAACAAGUUCACUCUCCUCCUCUUUUUUCUGCUUUGGACGACCUGCUUGGCUGUGAAGGGUGCUCGAUCGCAAAAGCAACAGCUGAAGCAACAACAACGGCGCCGACGACAACAGGAAGUGCUAAAGCAGAACUACGAUGCUAGAUUUCUCAAGGAACUGAAAUCGCUUUCUCAGACACGUCUUCAAGAGAUCGAUACCCGCCGAAAGCUGCGUCAGUUGUUUGAUAAGUACGAGGUUAGCCCCGGUGAUCAACGACGCCUUUUUGGCUUUGGCUUGGUGGAAUUUCCCGAGCUGGGCGAUCUGGGCGACUUGGACUUUGGCGACCUAGGUGACCUAGGCGAUCUUGGUAACCUUGGCGACCUUGACUUGGGUGGAAUCUUAACAACGGUCAGCAAUCUCAUUAGUGGUAUCUUUGGUGGUGGCGGAGAUGCCGAAGGCGACGGUGAUGAUGGUGAUGAAGACAAUGGCAAAGGUGGCAAAAACAACGCUGGUCGCGAGGAGGAUACCGUAGUAUUGGAACCGGGCACCACAACCACGAUUACUACAGUGACUACAACCGUCAUUGAGGUCCCGGAAACCAACGAAGACACCCCAGCACCCCCUGCGCCAGCACCAGCUCCAGCUCGAGCCAAGAAGGAGAAGGGUGAAAAGCGAGUGCGUGAACGCAGAUUGAAUUAAUGAGGAUAAGUUGAUUUUCUAAGAGGAGCGUGGAAGAGUAGGCUCGACUCACGGGAGCCUGCACCAAAUAAUCAGUCGAUGUCAUCUACUUGAUGCAGGGCAGAUGUUAUGGCUUGGAAUUUGGCUUCAACAGGAUAGGUCAAGGAUGCCAGAAGGGAGAAAGCGGUCCGUGCAACAGUUUCGUGGCCAAAAGUGCAACUCGCCGCCCGGCAGUUUUGGCAGCGUCAGGGUAGAUGGCAAAACAAUACGGCAUUACCGGUACGACAAUAACAAUAAAUAGCAAACAUGAUGGUUGAAAAGGCAAACCGCGAAGGAUUACUAUUACUGUCUGGU